AUGAAGCUCGUUUGCACGUUGACGAGGUGCGGCCGAGGUGAUGUUUCCGCUUCCGCACGGUGGGGCCGCUUCCGCACUCGAGUCCGCUCUGCUAUAUCUAGAGCGUCUAGCUCGACGGUCGUCGUCUUCCCCUCUCCCAUCAUCCGACCUCUCCCCUCUUACUCGAGACAGCCUCGACUUCGCCGAUCAACAUCCACUUCUAGAUUUCAACGACAGACUACACCUCGAUUCCGCGCAUCCAUGGCGCCCGGCGGUUCGGAUGCCAAGCCGGAGCGGCCGGGCGAGCCACCUCCCGAGGCUGAACGCACGAUUCGAAUGGACGGACGACUGUCUGGGCGCGGUCGACCCGAGGACGUGACCCGGGCCAAGAGAGAGAUCGCGGAAGCGUUUGACCUUGCGGACGAGUUUGCCCAAAAGACGGCUGCAGGUUCGCCGAUGUGGGACUAUAUGGAGGCGCAGUGGCCGUACGGCUAUCCCGACCGUGCGCUUCCGGACAUCUUCCACCGCGGCCUAACGCUGGCGUUUGUUCCGCCGAGCUGGAAGAAGAAAGCGUACUGUCCGAUCUGGACGACGCUCAAGCGACUCGGCUUCCACCCGGACGAUGAAGAGCACGUGUACGGCACACUGGAGGUUGCGUUCUUUGCGAUCCUUGCGCUGGAGCUGCGCACGAGCGGCGGACGAUGCCUUAGCAAGGACAUCAAGUUCGUCAAGGACCAGCACCGAAUUGCGUUCAAGGAGAUCAUCUCGCUCAACCCCGUGAUUCGACAGUGGAUGGAGCCGGGCGAGCGGUGGUUCGAGCGGCUGCGCGAGACGAUGCUACGCAAUGCCAGGACGAGGAUCGAGGUGGUCGGGGCUCAGAUUCAGCUGGCGAGGGAUAACGAUUCGACGGCAGUGGGACAGAUGCACAUGACGCUGGAGGAGCGAAGGAGGCUGGGGAUGGAGAGGCUUAGGCUUUGGGCCGAGGCUCAGCAUACGUCGAUGGUGGGCUACGGGGUUCAGGCGGUGCUGCAGCAGCUGUGGGGCAAGGCGGAAGCAACGUGGCUGAGUCGGGCGCGACAGUAUCUCGGAUCGGACCGGUCGCAGUGGAAGGAGCUGCGCAUGAGGUGCGACGACGAGAGACACGGAUACUGGCUGGCGACAUACGACCAGGCGAUGCUGCAGCCCCCCGAUGUCAUCGUUGACGGGGCCAAGACAUACCUCCGACGCUACCUCGAGCGUCGAGCUGCAUCGCUGUCGCAGGGUCGAGCCGACAGGGUCUGGUCUGGGCAAGCACGCGCGCUCUCGGUCUUGGCAGGGCGUCGUGGCGUGGGCUGGGAGCGCGCCAAGCAUUGCUCACUGCGCUGGGCGGUGCAGCGUUUUGCGCAGCUGCAGCUCGAGUGUGCGCGCGCGCUUGGCUCGUCGCAAUCGAUCCAGGCGAUCCAGGCGAUCCAAGCGCCCAGCUUAUCGCGACGUCGAGCUCGAGCCGGAAGGCAGAGUCAGCUUCCAGCUUUCCCCCGCGCGCUCCUCCCUCCACUGCGUCUCGAAGGCGCCUGUCAUCCUCCGAAGCGCGGGAAUCCAGCACCGACAGCUUCCACCGCCCUUCGUUGCGCGUCCUCCCAUCAGCAUUCGUCGUCCUCACCCUUCUACCCUCCCCCCUUCCCUCCAUCUGGAUGUCGUAGAAAGCCGCAAGCACUCUCUCUUUCCCACAACGCUUCACCCAAGCUCUUUGGACUAGCAUCGCCUACGAUGGCGCUCUCGCUCGUCAUCGACGACACCUCGCUGGUGCUCAUCCUCGUGCUCGUCGCAGCGCUCGCAGCGUCGAUCUACGUCUCGCGAUCCUACCAGCCGCUCAUCCACCCGCUCAUCCUCACUCGCCAGGCAGACGUCUCGCAGACACGCCAACCCGACGAGUCGGCCAUCUACCGCAAUGCGAACUCGCCCGCCGGAUUCGACCUCGCGCUGAGGCCGCGCAAGGAGAUCAACGACAUUGCCGACCUCAUCAAGCACGGCGCGAAUGGAUCGGAACGCAGCGCUAAACGUGCGAUAUAUGGAACGGCGAAAUCGAACCAGCAGGUCGCAGCGGACGCAACUUCAUUUGCGACCGGAUUCAUCAAGCUUUCCUCGGCGCCUGUGCCGCAGACUGUGCUUGCGGUAGCCGCCGAGUCUGACGGCUACGAGAGCUUCGUCGCGCUCCUCUCCAACGCACACACUUCGGUCAGCUCGCGAUACAACACCGUCGUCCUCCCUCCCAACCAGCUGGAGUCCCGAUGCCCCACCUCGCUCCCGCAAGCCCUCGCGAGCAACGGCGCACGCUCCGCCAUCGGCGUCUACACCACCGCCAAGUCCAUCCGCGCCGUGCUCCAGCUCGCCUUCCUCGACUCCUCGGCGCUCAUCAUCGUCCCCGACGCUGAUCUUCAAGAAGCGACCCGUCUUGUCGCCGACCACUUCGGCGCGUCUCACCGCCUGCGCCUCUACGCCUUCGAUGCGGUGCUCGCAGCCGGCAGCCCGGGUUCCCUGCUCGGGCCCGACACCUCCGCCCGCGAUGUCAUCGAGCAUACCCAGUCCCACUACUGGAACGCCACCAGCUCCGACUGGCUCGACGUCAAGCACUCCCACCUCGUCGCUGGCGUCACCUCCAACCUCGCCGCGUUCCCCGCCGACAAGAUCCCCAACACCAACGACCACAUCUUUGUCGAGGCAUGCGUGGGCUUGCACUCGCCAGCUUCCGAACUCAUGGCCACGCGUACGCCGCUCGGCUUUGCGCUUGCCCUUACAGCCCUCUACACCGGCGCGGCCAUCACCGCCGACCUGCCCACAUCGAGCUACGACGAUCCCAACCCGGCUGCCUCGGCCGCGUUCGCUCGCGCCCAGCCUACGCUCGUCUACGCCACGGCAGAAGGCGCUUCCUCGCUCGCCGGCGCUCUGGCUAGCCGCACACGCCGCUCGCCCCUCGCCUCGUGGGCAGCCACCAACAAGCUCUUUACUCUGCGCAACGGCAGCUUUGCCCGCAACAGCUUGGCCGACACGCUGGUGUACAACAGCGCACGCAGCGCCGUCGGCUGCUCGCGCGUCCGCACCUUGAUGAUCGCAGGACGCGGAGACACAGUGCCGCAGGCGCUACUCGACUCGCUGCGUGCCCAUUUCGGCUGUGCCGUCCUGAACGGAUAUGUGCCGCAGCUCAAGAAGGCGGCCGUCACGGCUGCCGUCAGCGUCACGCAUGCGUUUGAUCUGCAGGCGUUCGCCGAGCACGAGACGGCGGGCAUGCAGGUGCCUGCGCACGUCGGCCCGCCCUCGGUCGCGGCAGAAGUCAAGCUGCUCCAGACCCGCAUCGCUUCGGACGCGGGGCUUGCUAUUGCGGGCGACAGGCCGGCUGGUCAGGCGGGUGAUCCCAUGGGCGAAGUGCACGUGCGCGGCAACGUUGUUGCACACUUUUCUGAGGCGGGAGAGGUUGAUCCCGAGACGUGGUCGGCUACAGGCGAUCUCGGCGCCUUCCGAUCCAACGGCACGCUCGUGGUGCUCCGCGAUGCCGACGACGCCGAGGUGGUGGGUGUGCCUACGCUCAGCUCGCGCAAGCCCGUCAGGCGACAGGGCCGCACCGCCACGGUGGGCGCCAAGAGCGUGCUGGCCGCUGCGCUCGUGCUGGCUGUCUCGCUCUCGCCCACUGCAUCCGCGGGGGUGCUGCACAAGCGCGGGAGCUCGGUGAACAGCACCAUGAGCGACAUGGCCAAGAUGGGCAUGCUUGCCGGCCAGCGUGCGUCGUGGGAGCAGGGCGUGAGCCAAGCGGCACUGCUCGAGCUCGACUUUCCUGGCUGGUCGGUGUUUUCGUCUUCGUCCGGCGGUCCGCCCUACCGUCCUGGCCUGAACCGCGGUGCUUCGGGCCCGCCGAACGAGGUGAUCGGCAUGGCGUACCACUCUGCCUCACGCCAGGACAGUCUGGGCCGGCUGGCGUUCCGCAUCACGGGCGACGAGCAGCUCGGCACGGGUAGCUCGCUCGACGGUGCUGCGCCCGGACCCGAGGUGCUGCUCGCCGCGUGGCUCGACGGAGAGAUCGACCGCCAGACGGGCGCGAUGGGCAGCGGGUUCUACGCCGACUCGGCACGCGCUACGCUCGACAUGGUGCUGCGACGCGCCCCGAGAUCGCGCGCGGGCGCCAUCAGCCACCGCCUGCAGUACGUGGCGCUGUGGAGCGAUGCCAUGUACAUGAUGCCUCCCUACCUCGCGUUCUACGGGCUCGUCACGCGCAACAAUACGCUGCUCCAGCUGGCGUACGAUCAGAUCCGACUCUACCGCGAUGGCAUGCGUCUCACCCAGGGCGCAGCCACCAACCUGUGGGGCCACAUUUAUCUUCCGGACAACCGCACGUGGACGGAUGGUGGGGCGUGGGCGACGGGUAAUGGAUGGGUGCUUGCGGGGAUGGCGCGGACGCUGGCGACGAUCGAGCAGAGCCAGGCGUCGCAGGCCAUGGUUGCGCAGAAGAACGAUCUGGUGGCGUGGAUGAACGAGAUCCUCGAUGCGGCGUAUCCGCUGCUCGACGAACGUGCGCUGCUGUUUCACAACUACAUGUCCGACCGCUCGACGUUCUUCGACACGGCCGGUACAGCACUUAUUGCCUACGCUACGUAUAGGCUUGCAUCGCUGGCGCCGGGGAACGAUAGGUGGAUUGGACAGGCCGAUUUGAUCUACCGCUCGCUGGCGACUGCGCUCAACCCGAUCGGACAGUUUAGGGAUGGAUAUCCAGUCGUGGAUGUUCUGGCCUUUGUUAGGCAGGGCGAUACAUCGUCCGAGUCGCUGGCGUUUAUGAUGCUCAUGAACGCCGCCAAGCGCGACCACGCCAACGGUGAUGUGGUCAGGAUCACCGAUGCCCAGGGCAAGUCCAACGCCGCACCCAACCUCGCGCCCAAGUUGAUGGCGGCAGCGGUGGUACCCGCGCUGGUGAUGAUGUCCGUGUUGAUUUAG